ACUGACCUCUGUUGCUAGCCUGCUGUGUGCUAGGCCCAGUGGGCAGCUCCCUUUGUAGAGACAAACCCACGUUAAGUGGCUUGCCACCUAUCACAAGGCAAGGUCAGCAGCUGAGCUGAGACCUGCGCCCCUCUUGGGUGAUGGCAGGACAGAUGGGUCUUGGUGCCUGCUGGCUCCCAGUGGCAGCAAAGCCAUAAAGCCUAAGUCUCAGUAGGGAGGUUUCUAGUCAAGUUAUGACGAGAAGCCCCGGAACUAAUGCCCUUUGUGAGGCGGCCUGGAAGCUGGCAGCAGGUUCCGUCCACCUGACGGGGGAGGGUCAGGUUCCAGGCAGCUGAACUGGAGAUGGUUCUCACCAUGCUGGGGGUUCUGUACCCCAGGGCUGGGCUGAGCCUCUUCCUCCUCUACCUAAUCCUGGCGGCUGCACUCCUCCGCCCCCAGCCACUGAGGUCUCAGCGCUCUGUUCCGGAGGAAUUCUCAGCCCCCCUGGAGCUCACACAGCCACUGUCUGGCCUGGUGGAUGGUAGUAUCAUCAUCAUCACAACCCCCCCCCCCCCCCCCCCCCCCCGUGCUGGGACAGACCCUCAGGGCAGGCACCCAGGCCUGGCCUGGGGCUUCUCACCCCAAACAUUAAGUCCAGGGUGUGGGCUCAAAACCACUUUCUCCUCCAGACCUCUGCCCUCUUCUUCCUCCUUAGACUAUGGGAUCCGGCCAAAGCACCCAUGGCCACGAGGGCCUCGACCCCUCCUCUCUCGGGCCCAGCAGCGCAAGCGUGACGGGCCGGACAUGGCCGAGUAUUACUAUGAUGCACUUGUGUGAGGGGACCCCUUUAUAAAGUUAUUCUGUGCA